AUGUUUUAUGAGCAUAUUCAAUUUCAUGAUACAAGGCAUGGAAAUAUGUCACAAAUUGCACAAAUUGAGUCAAUUAGAGAAGAUAAUGAAUCAGAAUACGCAGGAUAUGAUAUACAUAAACAAUGCUGUAAAGAUAUAGGUAAACACAUUAUAUCGAUUAUAGUCAAAAUGAAGAAAAUUCUGAUGAAAAAAAUGAUGGCUUGUUAA